AUGGCGGCAGGCGUCCUGAAGCGCCUGAAGAGCAGGAAAGCGGAGGGCCGCGUGGAGGCGUUGGAGGAGCACUGGAACCUCGCGCGGGACUACCUGGACCGCGCGGUGCACUACGACGAGCGGGAGGACCACGCGCGGGCCAUACCGCACUACAAAGACGCAGUCGAAGUGUGCGACCUCGGCCUCAAGAUCGACGUACCGACCUCUGGACCGAGCACCGAACAGAACACGCAGCGCCGCAGGGAGCUGCACGAGUGGAUGUCUCUCGCCGCCAAGCGACUUGCUGCGCUGCGAGGGCCGCGCGCCGCCGCCGCCGCCGCCGCCGCGCAAGCCGCUCCGGUCCGCAAGGACCGUCCGCGGCAGGCUGUGGGCCGCACCACGCCGUCGAGCCUCAAAAAACCCGCCGCAGCGCCGCUGCCGCGGCCACGCGCGCGGCCGGCGGGGGCGGCCGAGGGCGGCUCAGGGAACCCGCUGAUGGACCGCAUCCUGUCCGAGGUGGUCCAGAGCGACCCCGGCGCGCGCUGGCAGGACAUCGCGGGCCUGACGUCAGCCAAGGAGGCGCUGAAAGAGUCGGUCAUACUCCCCUGUCUCAGACCCGACCUGUUCAGCGGGCUGCGGUCGCCCGCGCGCGGGCUGCUGCUGUACGGCCCGCCGGGCAACGGGAAGACGAUGCUGGCGCGCGCGCUGGCCGGGGAGGCGAACGCGACCUUCUUUUGCAUCUCGGCGUCGUCGCUGGCGUCCAAGUGGCACGGGGAGGGCGAGCAGCUGGUGCGCGCGCUGUUCCAGGCCGCGCAGGACCGGAGCCCGAGCGUCGUGUUCAUCGAUGAGAUCGACUCGCUGCUGUCGGCGCGGUCGUCGAACGAGCACGAGGCGAAUCGGAAACUGAAGACUGAGUUUUUGGUGCAAAUGGAUGGGCUGCUGGGGGAGGGCGACGCGCGGGUGUUCGUGCUGGGCGCGACGAACCGCCCAUGGGACCUCGACGAGGCCGUGCGGCGGCGCAUGCCCAAAAAGAUCUACAUCCCGCUGCCCAGCGCGGAGGGCCGGCGCGCGGUGUUUGCGCGACUCUUCCACGGCCAGCUGUCGGACAAGGAUUUGAAACGGCUCGUCAAGGCCACGGACGGAUACAGCGGCUCGGACGUCAACGCCCUGUGCAAGGAGGCGGCGAUGGGCCCGCUGCGGGAGAUGGGCCCGUCGGAGCUGCUCACGGCGGACGCGAGGCGAAUCCGGCCCGUUCGGUUGGCGGACUUCGAGCCGGCGCUACAGGCGAUUCGACCCAGCACGGACGCGCAGCAGCUGAAGCAGUACGAGGAGUUCACGCGCGUGCACGGGGUCCAGGCGUAG